AGCUCCAGGCCCACCUGCUGAAAAGGAAAGUAGCAUGAUAAGAAUUUUUGGAAAUUUUUUUAGCGAAUUGCGCCCUUUGAGACGCUCCCAAAGAUGAAGUCAGAUGAGCCUCCCGCAAUGGUUUGUAUACUACAAUGCAUCUACAAGUACAAGAAACUAACAGGUUUGAUGAUACAUUGACUCACUGAUAUUAUAGACAUUGAAUGAUCGAUUCUGAUGAAGCGACACGUGAUUUGACUUGUUCUUUCUUUCUCUUCUCCUUCAGCGUUUUUGCGCGUCGUGAAUGGACAACAUGGCAUCUCCGAAAAAAAUUCAUGUCGUUGUCCGGAAUGCGCUUACCGGUGAUGUUCUGUCUCCUGUCGCAAGUGAUGAUGACAACCACGAUGAGACAGCUGGUGCACGCCGUUUCGGUGGUGAAGAUGUUGAAGAGCAUAGUUUUGUGCCGUUUUUCUGUACCUUCAAGCCUCGUACCAUGUGCGUGCGCGAUUUCAAGCGCCUACUGGCGAAAAAACUGACAUCGUUACUGCGGCAAGAAGCACAGCCGGGUGCAGCAGUAGACACGAUUCAACACGAGAACGUAAUUCUUGUCAAGGAGCACCCGCAGGAGGAAAAUUCAAAGUCGACAAAAGAUUCUGAGGGCGAGGAGGAUGUGGAAGCUGAAGAUGCUGCAAUGACAAUGGAAGCGGAGGGGAACAGCGAGACCGAUAUUGCCUCGGAUCCGUCUGCCGAAGAUGUGAAAAUAUUCAUAGAGGAUCGCUAUGCUUACCAAGCAAGCUCUGAAGAUGUGUCAGAAGAGAAUAAGCACGAGCAGAACGGUGGCCGAGGAUUGAAAGAGAAUCGCAAACACCUAGAAAGAACUAUUUCAAUCGCCUACGCUGUUCGAACCUACAAGCCCUUCGAGUCAAAGACAGCUUUGCAAAUCGCUAUAGCCUGUUACGCAUAUGCAUCUUUGUGUUUAUCGGAUCUGGAUGAAUUGAUCUUCAACAGAUUGCGGCGUUAUCCUUUUCUUGAUGUGCAGGAGCUCGACGAGCUUCGCCUGAGACUUCAACCGCAUGCGGCGCACGCGUGGAGGAGUGUCAUCUUGGCUAACUACGGCCCAGUGCGAAUUUGGAAUCUUUCGCAAGUAGAGGACCUCACUUACCUAUUCCAGAAAGUUGAUGACCCUCUGACCUACCAAAGAUUAAGGGACAAGGCAAGUGCCGAGCAAAGGGAAGCGCAUAAAGCGUGGCUUGUUUAUGCGCAGGGAGACUAUGACGACCUCACGGCUUGGCGCCUCGACGCUAUUUUGGGCACGUUCAAGGAGGCAUUUGCGAGAGAGGACAUCGCAGCAUGGAACGUUACCGGAGUAAAAUUAAGCGUCAACUUCGUAACUUAUUUUUACAAGUCCUGCUCAACUUCAUCUUAACUCAUUUUUACAAGUCAGUCCGUACUCUUUUCGGAAAAGAAGGAAGCAAGAAGUGAUAUAUAAGUACACUUGGCGCGCUAAUGAAAAACUUGGAUGGGAUGUUCCAUGGCUUCGCCAACUUCGAUGCUGAUCUUGUUAAGGCUCCCGCCAAUUCUCAUCUCUGGCUGCAUCCCUGUAAAGAAUUCUAGCCGAUGAAUAUUCGU